AUGGAGAAUCCAACGGUUGCUGGAUUGAGGUCAAGGUCUCGUUCCAAGACGCCCUUCUUACGCUCGAGCUGCGACCGGGAACAAUGUGCUGAAAGCGAAGACCAUGUACAUCAUAAAGCCGGCAGAAAGACACCUGUUAAAAGAAGCACACCAAUUAAACAACUGCAAUCGAAGACGAGGGAAAGCGUGGAUGUAAUCGAAGAGGACCCCGAUAAUGAGGUCCCUACCGCGUACCGCGCUCGGCAGACAUCGCGGACCACCGAGAAACUGGUCAAGACCUCCGACUACUCCUCAGAAGAGAGCCUGGACAGACUCAAGGGUCAUCGGAAGGAAAUCGUGCAGAACGAGAUCAACAGCCAGUAUGAACGCGUGUCGACCAGCUCACAGCGGUACCGCAACCUCGAGGACCUCCCAUUCAGCCCCAUACACUCGUCGCACAAUGUGACGCAAGACCGGUCGACCCGCUUCGGCAGCCCAGCGUACAGCGCCUGCUCAACAGACAGCUCGUUCGCAGAGCAGGCGCUAGCCGACGCCAGCGCGCUGCUAGAGCGCGAGCCCAUCUCCGACCACCUGCCCUACAGGCUGUACAAGAUGGCCGGCGAGUACUGGAACAAGUACCCGAAGACGGACUACACGUACUCGCGGCUGUCCCGCGACCGCGUGGAGCUCGCGCCCGGCCAGGUGGCGGUGCCGAACAUGUCGCGCCGCUCGCUGUCGCAGUUCCGCGUGCAGGGGCCCCUCGCCGCCGACGUGACGGACGUGCCGGCGCGGGUCGCGCCCACCUGGCGUGCCACCGCCACGCGCAGCCGGUACAAGGGGGUAGACAGUUCGGACGACGAAAGCGCUUACGUACACAACGGGACGCAAAGCGCCGUCGAGGAGCGCUGGUGGAUCACCACACUGAUGGCCACAAUCCUCACCAGCGUCGGCAACACCGUCAGCAACGCGUACAGACGGAUCGUAGGCCCGUCGCACAGAUACCCCUACACCGAGCGGAGACCGGCCAGAGCCAGCAUCGCGUCAAUGGCUGCCUCGGCGCUGGGCGCACCGUUCAUCUGGAUCUAUUCAAUUGUCAAAACGGCCGUCACAACCACCGUCACCACUAUUACCGAAACGAUAACGCCUAAUCACGUCGGCGAGAGCGAGAAGUACGUCGCGCGCAGUUACAAGUCGAAGGGAGAGAACAAACGACGCGCGUGGCCUUGGCUGUUACUGCUUCUGCUGCCACCACUCGGAUAUGGAUUGAACUACACGUACGCGAACUACGAACAUCUGUCUAUGCCAAACUUUACCGAUUUCCAUAUAGAUUUGUCGGAGUUCUACGCCCUGAAGCUGCCCAAGAUAGCGAUGCCGAACAUAUCGCUCGCGGACCUGAACGUGCUGCCAAGCAUCAAUCUGACCUUGCCAGAGAUCAAUAUAACGAUGCCAGACGUCGCAGAGAACAUGCCGCGAGUGACGAAGGCGUACAGAGAGUACAAGGACAUAGUGCAUAACAGAAUGACAGACGUUUCAGAGUACUUGACAGUUGUCGCAGAGAGCUGCUACGAGGAAAUGAGACGCUUUUGGCGCGGAAUAAUCGGA